UUAGCAUACACACAAUUACAUGACGUAUAACACAUUCUACACAGUUCCGGUUAUUACCUGCUAUUUUUGACACCUUUAAAACGAAAAUGAAAAGACUUUGAUAUAGGAAUCUAUAACAUGUGAAAGCGAGAUGUAAAGCUACAGUUGAACACAAACUAUGUACACCCGUCUGUAGGCAUUACAAGAAAUAUUUCUUCAUCGAAUUUGUCUAGAUGCUGUAUGCAGACGCCGGAUGAUAUGGAACCACCGAAAGUUGAUCUUUAUCACGAAAAACAAGUUAAAGAACUAUGUGCUCUGCACGCAUUGAACAAUUUGUUUCAAGACAAAAAAGCAUUCAGCAAAAAAGAUUUGGAUGAAAUUUGUUUAAACUUGUCUCCAGAAUGUUUCAUAAAUCCCCACAGAAGUUUACUUGGCUUUGGAAACUAUGAUGUCAAUGUAUUAAUGGCAGCAGUCCAGACAAAAGAUUGUGAAACCAUUUGGUUUGAUAAACGAAAGGACAUCAGGUGCCUUUCUCCACAUAACAUAUUUGGGUUCAUUCUGAACACACCUUCGGACUAUAAAUGGGGAUUUUUUCAUCUACCUUUCAAGAGAAAACAUUGGAUAUCAUUCAGAAAAAUAGGAGAUGCAUAUUACAAUUUAGACUCAAAAUUAGAGUCGCCAGAACUUAUCGGUGAUGAUAAUUUAUUACUUGACUAUUUACAGUCUGAACUACAUGAGGGUGAUAAGGAGUUGUUACUUGUUGUAAGUCAAGACAUAGCAAACUCAGGGUUGUGGAAGCAUGUAUAUAACAAUAUAGAAAAUGGGCAGCUUAAUUCUGUGAACAAUACCGAGGCAAAUGACAAUGGAGUUUCUAACGGAAAAGAAAAUUCAACCUCAAAACCAGUUCUGCAGAGCAUAGAUGAUUUAUGAUUCUGUUUACAUUAAUAUUAACUUUGUUGUUUUAGAUAUAUGUGAAGAAAUUAAAAAAUAAGUAUAC